UUUCAAUAUUGUCUUGACCGGACCAACGCCAGUCAUAGACCGACUGCCGACCGGCACCACGACACUCGCCCGAGUGGCCUGGAGAGUUAACUCGCGCGAGUACUUGACUGAAAACAAAGUGCCACGAGUAUUAAAGUGUGGGAACUUGAAUAAUGGCGUAUUCGUGGGACAACCGAGUAGCUUUCGUGGUGCGGUACCUCUAUGAUAUCGACAACAAUGGCUACCUAGACGCCCACGACUUCCACUGCCUCGCCCUCCGCACGUGCGUGCUGGAAGGCAAGGGUGAUUGCAGCGCCGCCCGCCUGCAGAAGUACCAGCACAUCAUGCUCAGUCUAUGGGAGGAGAUCGCGCAGUUAGCGGACUUCGACAAGGUGCCAGACUAUGAUGGAGUUGUAACUAUCGACGAAUUUAAAAACGCAAUCCAACACAGCUGUAUAGGGCGAAAAUACGAUGACUUUCCGCAGGCUUUGAAGGCUUUUAUCGAGACAAACUUCCGGAUGAUUGAUAUAAAUGAUGACGGAGUCAUGGGUGUUGAAGAAUUCAGAUAUGACUGUGUGCAGAGAAUGGUGCUCGAGGACAUCAAAGUUAUAGAUGACGCUUACAACUCUUUGUUAAAUGAUGACGACAGAAGAAAAGGUGGUCUAACGCUGUCGAGGUACCAGGAGCUGUUCGCGCAGUUCCUCAGCGACCAGAGCGAAGCCUGCCCCGCCAAGAUGCUGUUCGGCCCGCUAGAAUUAUAAGUUACGUUACACCUCGCCCACAGACUAAAAGAAAAGAUAGAUAGAUAGACACAAAUCUUCCUCUUCUUCUUUCUCCUCUAUUUUCCAAUCAAUAUGCGCCUCAUGGAUUGCUGAUACGCGUCUUCAGAGAGUCCCAAUUCAUUCAAAACCGCAUUACACGGGCUUUUUAAAUAAAUCGCUGAUAUGCGUAUUCUUCAGAGUACCUAGACUGGUCUGACGACUGUCCAAAAGGACUUAAUAAAUAUCCUCAGUCAAGUAGCCCAGAGGCCCUAGCCCUCUUAAUCGGCGAAGGAAAAACUUUCGUCGACAAAAACGAAGUCUCGGAUUUAUUACAGCACUUUUACGUGGGCUUCAAUAAUUAUGACGGCGUCCUGACUGAUCUCACAGUCGUCCAGUCUUUACACUGUCAUAAAAAUGUACAGGGACAGAUAGUAAAUAUUUUUAAAUUAAUGAUGAUUUAUAGGUAUCUGAUAAUUUAUUAGCUACUAUCUUCUAUGUUACCAGACUUUAAUCUUAUAAAGCACCAGUUUAUAUAAAAAAGUUAAGUGUUAAGAUAAGUGUAAAUUAGUGGAAUAUUAUGUUUUAAAAAGUCAAUCUAUCUUUUUCUUCUAGUCUGUACCUAACUCUAAUAUUAGAGUCUAGUCAUACUCAUUGUACUGAAAUACUUUAUUAAUCUUGGUACCUUUAUUUUUACUUAUCUAUUUAUUUUAAAUUAAGAAAUGGUGUUCGUAUUUUAAUAAUAAUAAAUAUUAUGAUCUUUUCUAUAAGCAAAAAGAAACCCAAAAAUAUUUUCGUCACGACAUUAAAUUAGAUUAAUUAGAUUAUCAGGAAUUGUUAACUUUGACAAUUCAUUUAUUGGGUAAAUCCCAAAAAAUAACUGUUAAAGUUAACAAAUCAUGACUUUAAAAAUAUUAUCACGAUUAUCGAAUUUUUGGAUUCCGGCCCUCUACAUUUGGGAUAAAAAAACUUCAACUUAUCUGAGAAAAAGGAUUUCGAAUAAUAAUAUCCUCUGAGAGAGGAAAUGGGAAUUCUGUCUAUUUUUUAUCUUAUCUUUGAAACAUUUAAGGACUUUGCAGUCUGAUAAAUAGUAUUCAAAAUAGACAGAAUUGCCAUAUAAAUCUACAAAUCCCAUGUUUGUGUGCCUUGUUUUUAUGUUAUUUAAAUCGGAAGUAUUCCGUGUGAGAAUAGAUCACUCAAAAUGUACGCAAAUGUAUUAAUUAAAUACAAUAUAAUAAAAUAAGUACGUAGUUUAUACGUCUGAUGACACACUAAGUCAAUUGAAUUUAGACGCUGUAAUAUUAUAGAAAUACCUGACCUAUAAACGUUCCGGAAAUCGGUGAUAUUUCGCUAUUUAUAAAUUUACACCUCAUAGAAAGUACCCGCUAAAAAUACCGAAUUCUCCGCAUCAACACGAUGCGUUCGAAAAUAGAACAUAAUAUAACAAAGAUGCGUUCACAAACGCUGUGAUAUUUCAGGUAAGUAUAAUAAUUUAAAAAUAAAUAAUCAAUAGACAGAGGUGUUAUAAUUAUAUACUAAAAUAAGUUGUUCAUUAUGUUACCACAAAUUUCUAAACAUGUUUUUGGAGUACUCC